AUGUCUAGAAGAGUCGUUGGAAAUCAAGUUAUUUUGGGAAUUAACGCUGUUUCAAUUGCGAUUGGGGUGUAUGGGGCAUCCCGGAUUUUCCUGCUUGAGUUGUCGGAUGAUUUGAAGGGGGCAGGCCAUUACCAGUUUCUUACAAACUUGUCGUUAAUAUAUUCGCUUGGGGUUUUUGGGUUAGGGUUUUUCGCCCAUUUAACCAGAUCAGAGAGUUUGUAUGAUCUUAAGAAUCUUCUUCAUCCGAUUGGGUUGGCGUUGGAAACAAUUGUGGCAAUGGUGUACUGGCCGUUGCGGUUAUUUUGCUUGCAUUUGCUAACCCCUGACCCGGAAAAUUUUAAGAUCCCUUUGAAGCUUGAUUUAUCUGUGCAUUUAAUGCCGGUAGUGUCGUUGCUUAUUGAUUAUUUAGUAUUUAUGCCACGGUGGACGAUUAAAAGCAAUACGGUGUUGUUGUUGAUUACGGCGCUUUCCACGGGCUACUGGUGUUUGUUAAAGUAUUUAGUGGAUACUGAAAAUGGCGGAAGGUAUCCUUAUGCGUUUAUGGAUAUGGAAGAUGAUGGGUUAAGAGCACUUGUGUUUGUGGCUGUGGGUUUGGUUGCAUUUUUACAGUUUCAUUUUAUGAGAAGUAUCUACGACUUUGUUGUGAAGAAGACCGAGAACGUGGAUGUAGAAAUUGAUAGAAAGCUAGAUUAG